GCAGCGGGGCCCGCUCCCGUAGCCCUGCGGCUGGCGGGGCCCCUCGGGAAGUUUGAUGGCUUCUCUGAGGAGAGUCAAAGUCCUGCUGGUGUUGAACCUCAUCGCCGUGGCUGGCUUCGUCCUCUUCCUGGCCAAGUGCAGACCCAUCACGGCCAAGAGUGGAGACUCCUUCCAUGACAUCCAUCCCAGGGCAGAAGUGGCCAACUCGACAGCCCACGGCGGCGGCUCCAUCCAGGAUGCGGUGCUGAAGAGGCUCUCGCUCCUAGAAGACAUAGUCUACAGGCAGCUGAAUGGUCUGUCCAAGUCACUCGGUCUCAUUGAAGGCUAUGGGGGGCGUGGGAAGGGUGGCCUGCCAGCCACCCUGUCCCCUGAGGAGGAGGAGAAGGCAAAGGGACCCCAUGAGAAAUAUGGCUACAACUCCUACCUCAGUGAGAAAAUCUCUCUGGAUCGUUCCAUCCCGGAUUAUCGGCCGACCAAGGCCGAGCCGGUGCUUUCCCGGAUCCAGGAAAACCGGAAGAGGGUCAUCCUGCCCUCCAUAGACAACAUCAAGCAGGACAACUUCGAGGUGCAGCGCUACGAGAACUCUGCCCACGGGUACAGCUGGGAGCUGUGGUGCAUGUACAUCAGCCCCCCCAAGGACUGGUGGGACGCUGGGGACCCCUCCCUGCCCAUCAGGACACCGGCCAUGAUCGGCUGCUCCUUCGUGGUGAACAGGAAGUUCUUCGGGGAGAUCGGGCUCCUGGAUCCCGGCAUGGACGUGUACGGAGGGGAGAACAUCGAGCUGGGCAUCAAGGUGUGGCUGUGUGGGGGCAGCAUGGAGGUCCUGCCCUGCUCCAGGGUGGCCCACAUCGAGCGCAAGAAGAAGCCCUACAACAACAACAUCGGGUUCUACACCAAGCGCAACGCGCUGCGCGUGGCCGAGGUGUGGAUGGACGACUACAAGUGGCACGUCUACAUCGCCUGGAACCUGCCCCUGGAGAAUCCAGGGAUUGACAUUGGGGAUGUUUCUGAGAGAAAAGCAUUGAGGAAGAGCCUGAAGUGUAAAAAUUUCCAGUGGUACCUGGACCAUGUUUAUCCAGAAAUGAGGAGAUACAACAACACCAUUGCUUAUGGAGAGCUCCGAAACAACAAGGCCAAGGACGUGUGCCUGGACCAGGGCCCUCAGGAGAACCACACAGCAAUCCUGUACCCGUGCCAUGGGUGGGGGCCUCAGCUGGCACGUUACACCAAGGAGGGGUUCCUUCACCUGGGUGCCCUGGGCACCACGACCCUGCUCCCGGACACCCGGUGCCUGGUGGAUAACGGGAAGAGCCGCUUCCCGCAGCUCCUGGACUGCGAGAAGGUCAAGAGCAGCCUCCACAAGCGCUGGAGUUUCAUCCAGAACGGUGCCAUCCUGAACAAGGGCACGGGGAGGUGCCUGGAAGUGGAGAACAAGGGAAUGGCUGGAAUCGAUCUGAUCCUUCGCAGCUGCACAGGACAAAGGUGGACAAUUAAAAACUUCAUCAAGUAAAGGCUGGAAGAGUCAGGGGAGUGUGACUCCAGCCACAGUUGACCUGGACUGAUCCGACAGGACUCCUUUGGGAAGGAUGGAAUAUCAAAACAGAGCUUUAUUCAUGUUAUCAGGAGAGGACAUGGGGGAAAUGGGCAUCGCUGUCUUUCCUUUGUUGUGUUGAAGUGUCCCCCAGCUGAUCCCAGCUGUGUGAAACUGGGGCAGAACUGCUGGUUCCUUCUGCAGAGCACUGGGGAAGGUGCUGCUGGGACGACUGGAAUGAGCUCCUGCAGCCCCGGGAGCCUCGUGCUGACAGGGAAUUGUUGCUUUCCCAGACAACUCCAAGCCCUGCCAAAAGGGCUGGGUAGGUUCAGGGUCACCCACCCUGGAUACACCUGCCUGGCAAGGGUGAAAAUUUGGGUGCUUGUGGGAGGAAAAUGGUCACCAGGCCCCAAAGGAGAGGAGGGUGAAGGAUGUGCUGUCUUGCUGGGUCCUUGCUCUCUUUUCCCUUCCUUGCCCCUGCAUCCAGCAGCCCCUUUCCUGAGUGCUGGAGGAACAAAACACACCCUUCAUCCCCCAGCUCCUAAUCUCAGAUAUCCUCAAACAAAAUGCCACUGAAUAAACCCACUGAUCUCCCAUUCUCCCCCUCCCUCACCCAUGUGCUGAGCAGCACCAGUCCCUCCCAUGGAGACCCCAAAUUCCCCUUGGGAACGAUGUGGGAUGUCUGCCUACCCUUUGGGGACAUCAGGAAUGGUGGUCUCCCCAACUCUGCAGUGGUGUCCUCUUCCCUGUCCUGCCUUCUCCAUGUGUCACCGUGGUCAAGGCCCUCCCCAGCCUGUCCUUGUCCCUUCGGACCUUCCCGAGCUCUGGAAGGAGCAGAGAAGGAGGGCAAGAGACCAAAAAAUGGCACUUGGGCUGAAAUUCUUGACCUGCAAGUCACUUCAGGCUUGUUAAUAUGGUGGACUGGUCUCAAAAUAAUUUUGGCUGCCAACUCUUGGCUCCCAAACCCACCCAACUGUCACAGGAGACCAUUAUUUGGGGCCCUGGUGUCUGGCCCACGUGGAAAAGGGAAACAUGGUCCUGCACAGUUGCUGCCCAUGGAUGGACACAGGCCUUGCCCAGCAGAGAGGAGAAGCCAGCCCUUCUCCUGUCCUUCUCACAGAAUAAUACUCUUUCUGGUUGCCCUCUGGCUAGGGUGCACUAAAAUAUAUUAAUAUAUGAGAUGUAUGUGUAAAUAUGGUUCCCAAAGAUGGGAUGUGCACAGAGUUGUUUGCUGCAGAGCACUCAUGCCUGUCUUCCAUUUGCAUCAGGAUGAAGCUACCUGGAUGUUUAAUGAGUUUAAUUUUCAAUGCCAUGCAGCAGGUUUAUAACUGAUGUUUUAGUAAUUUAUUGAACAGAAGCAGAUAUAUUUCAUUGUUCCUUCUACAGCAACGUAGGACUGAUUGUUCAUUUAGGCUUUACAGGACUCCCUCAAGCAUUGGGGUUGUCCCUGAUUUUUUUCCCUUGCCUUCCUUAAUGAAGUAAAACCUCUUAGUUGUCCUGAACUGCAAAGUAGGGAGUCAAUGUAGAAUUUUGCUCUCCUUCUUCGCUGUUGCAUCAUCUCUCGUGUAAUAAAUCUCAGCCCUUGCCAACCUGAUAUGAUCACAAAUCUUUAGAUGCAUGAUAUGUUUUCCCCCUUCCGUUUGUUGCUGCCUUCUAAGAAAAGCAAUUUGCUGCUGAAGUGGACUCCAGGCAAGUCCGGGGGGUCGGUCAAACUGCUCAAAAGCCCUUUAAUUGAGCAAUCAGUUUGCUGUCAGUCACCAGCGGCAGCCACGUGUGGGUCAGAGGAGGGAAAAGCCCGCAUGUUUCAGGAUAAACAACAAAAAAUGUCGUAGAAUUCCUAGUUCCCAGUCCAGCUCGAGUCCUGCCAGUGCCCAGGGCACCAGCAGAUGGGCUUUGUCACAUUUAAUCGUGGUGGGAUGAGGUGCCACCCCCAGCCCUCCGGCUGUGCCGCUGCUACCGGCAGCACCACGGAAUGUGUGGCUUCCCCUCGGCUCCCAUCCCUGGCAGGAGCUGCUCCAGCUGCCAGGCAGGAGGGACAGGCUGUGUUUAGCUCUCUGGAUUGUCACCACAGCCCCUCUGGGAUGUCCCUGUGUCCAGCAGCCCCCGGCAGAGCAUCUCCCAGUGCCAUCGGUGCCGUGCCUGCACUCAGGGGGCACAAGACGAGGAUCCUGCUGGUGAUGAGCUCUUUGAUCCUUUAUUAAGGUUCACAGAUGCCUUUCCUUCAUACUCCACGUGGAAAACAACCCCCUGACUCUCCACAAGGAAGGGGAAGCUGGAAAUGAUCACUCAGAGCCCCCGCUGAGGUGUUUGCCCCUUGUCGCUGCUGUAAUUGCAGCUUUCAACGACUGAGAAGAAUCAGGAAAAUCAGCACGAGCAAAAUGAGGAACGAAAGUGAGAAUUUCAUCUGCUGUGUCCGUGUGAGUGAAAUUCUGACACUGGUUUGUGACAUGCAGAGGUGAUUGCUGAGGCCACAGCCCGAGGUCUGCGCCCUCCGAAACCGUAGGAAUCUGUCUUAGAAAUCUGGGUCUAAUUGUUGCAUCUUGGCUUAUCCCUAAUAAUAUGUUAAUUGCUUUAAGAAGUGAUAUCCAAGUGAUUCUUAUUAAAUAUAUGAUUU